AAAAAAAAAAAAAAAUCUCUCUUUAAUCUUCUCGGACAGGCCACGUCUUCAUCCUUACAAUCCUCAGACAGAGAGUCCAGCUUCUGUUUUCUUUCCCGCCACCAACAAUUUCCACUCUCAAACUCAAAUAAAACAAGGACAAAGAAAGAAAGAGAAGAAAAGUAGGAAACCCAUUGCCCCCAAAAUUCCCAAAACCAUGAAUUCUUUGCUGGGCGUUCGUCCAAUUACUGCCUGCUCAAACUCCAAUUCCUUCUCUCGCUCCGCAAUUUUCGUUGCACUCGCCGUCGCUUCGCCUUCCCUCAAUGUCUCGGCGUCGUCGCUGAGUCUGACGAUUCCGACUCCGAAGAGAAUCCAUCUCUCGCACACUGCUCUGAGAUCUCGGUCUUUUUCAAAUUCCCAAAUGGGUCAUCGGGGAGGAGAAGAGGAAAAAGAAGAAGAAGAAGAAGAAGAUGUCCAAGUUGAAGACCUCAGGGUUCCAGACCAUUGGUUGGAACCUUCCAAGGCCUUGGAGGAAUCAGAGUGGCUGAGGGUUACACUGCAUAAAUGGUUGGAUGAUGAGUACUGCCCAGAAGCCACCAACGUCAAAAUAAGCAAGGUUGCUGCUUUCUCGUACUACAAAAGUUUAACAGAAAAGCAGACAGACCUCGGUGAGAUUCUGCUGAAGAUGGCCAGAGAAUUGGAAACCAUUUCAUAUCAAGAGAGUUUUCAUGGGGCAUUCUCAUCAGCCAACGCAGCUAUAAACUUGAUUGCUGAACGCAUAGAUCAGCAGGCCUAAUUUUCUAGCUAAUUGGAGCUUUGAUCAAAGACCAAGCAAGAAGACAAGACAACCCAUGAAAAGAAACUCGUUCUCAAGACUGGCUUCCUCGGAAGUUGUGCAGUGAAGUAACCACCAACCAAGUCCUUGAACAUGGGGUUCAGUCAGGUCCUUAUUCUGCCACUUCUAAUUGCAAUUUUGAUGUUCUCUUGUGCUGAACUUGCAGAAGACGUUAAAAGCAAGAGCCAAAUAUGUCAGUUUCAGUUUCACCACUCUGGCCCCCCAAGACGGGUCCCUAGUGCUUGAUGGUCUCAAUUUCACGUGAUGCUAUUUUUUAGGACAGACAAUUCAUAAACACUUCGAGAUUCAAAAGCUCCUAAAAAAUUCAUCUAAUAAAUUUAAUAAUGAAGAAGUCAUUCACUUCAUCGUACUGUUUAUUAUAAUAAAUAGAUGUACACACCCUAUCACAACUAGAAUCAAGAAAAGGGAUGCAAAAAACAGUGUGAUUCUUGCAACUAAAAUAAGGGCAAAGCUAUGCUACAUGCUACCCAUGUAUCAUAUAUGUAUGAGAUGAGAGAGUGGCACGUGGAGUUAUUACCAGUGACAGUAAAAUUGCAUUUUAUGUUAUCACGUGUUACUUGAUAAUUUCGUCAAGAUUAUAAUUUUUUUUUUUUUUUGUAUCACGUACUAUGUGAAGGGGUUUGUUUUUUA